AUGUAUUUCCGUCGCCAUAGAAAGGCCAUUGUGCGCAUACUACUGGCCCUGUUUGUUUUGUUCAAUGCCCUGGACAUUCUGCACGUGCGACAGCGUCUCGCUCGCGGAAGCCCGUCAUCCAAUGAUUAUGAACCCGGAUCCGAGCGCGUGUUCAUUGCCGGCAUUUUCUGGAACAACGAAGCCAUCUUGCGCUCUUCCUUGAGCGCGGCCUUGGUAGGCCUGGCCGAAACCCUUGGACCCAAGAACGUCUUCGUCAGCAUCCAUGAAAGCGGAAGCUGGGACGACACGAAAGACGCGCUGAGGGAGCUUGACGAAGCUUUGGAAAAGGUCGGUGUCGAGAGGAGGAUCACCACGUCCAAUGUGACGCAUGAGGACGAGAUUUCCGUGGAACCAACCGGCGAAGGCUGGGUAGAGACUCCGCAAGGGAAUAAAGAGCUACGUCGUAUUCCGUAUCUAGCGAAGCAGAGGAAUACAGGAUUGAAGCCUCUUGCUGAAUUAGCAGAGAAAGGUAUCCACUUCGACAAGAUCCUAUUCGUCAACGAUGUUGUCUUCUCUACAGAAGAUGUGCUCCAGCUGCUGAAUACCCGUGGUGGUAGAUAUGCCGCAGCGUGUUCAAUGGACUUCAAGAUUCCUCCGUACUUCUACGACACCUUUGCACUAAGAGAUUCGAGCGGCCACGAGCAUCUGAUGCCCACUUGGCCGUACUUUAGGUCGCGUACGUCACGGGAAGCGAUCAUGAACAACGACCCGGUUCCAGUAGCCAGUUGCUGGAAUGGUAUCGUCGCAAUGCCCGCACAGAUCUUUACCGGAACGUCUCCGAUAAGAUUUCGUGGAAUCCCGGAUUCAUUGGCAGCUACGCAUCUCGAGGGUUCCGAGUGCUGUCUCAUCCAUGCUGACAACCCUCUCUCCUUGACAGAAGGCGUGUUCGUGAAUCCUGCAGUGCGAGUGGGAUACACCAGAGAAGCUUACGAAGCCAUGAAAGCGGGCGAGCGCGGUCUGUCAUCUUUAGCUCUCUUGUACAGGCUAUGGGAGAAUCGAGUUCGACGCUGGGUCACCGUGACACCAGCGCUAAAGUCUGGUGUUGUUGCGUCCAGGGUGCGCAAAUGGAAAGAAGGUGACCCGAAAAAUGAGGAGCCUGGAAGUUUCUGCUUGAUCAACGAGAUGCAGGUCUUGCGGAAGAUUGGAUGGGCACAUGUAUGA